UUAUUUUUCUGUUGCUCACCUUUCAAUAUGAAGGAGGAUCAGGUUGUGGAAGAACCAGGAUUCCAAGAUGAAGAGGAAUCUUUGUUUCAAGAUAUUGACCUGUUACAAAAACAUGGAAUUAACAUGGCUGACAUUAAGAAACUGAAAUCAGUAGGAAUCUGUACCGUCAAAGGGAUACAGAUGACAACAAGAAGAGCACUAUGCAAUGUCAAAGGACUCUCAGAAGCCAAAGUGGACAAGAUUAAAGAGGCAGCGAACAAACUAAUUGUAAGCAAAAUCCAUUCUUUGCUUAAGUUGCUAGGAGGUGGAAUUGAAAGCAUGGCAAUUACAGAAGCUUUUGGAGAAUUUCGUACUGGAAAAACCCAGCUCUCUCAUACCCUCUGUGUGACAGCUCAACUUCCAGGAGCUGGUGACUACCCAGGAGGAAAGAUCAUCUUCAUUGAUACAGAAAAUACUUUCCGUCCAGAUCGCCUUCGGGACAUUGCUGAUCGCUUCAAUGUAGACCAUGAUGCAGUACUGGACAACGUACUUUAUGCACGUGCAUAUACUAGUGAACAUCAGAUGGAGCUACUUGAUUAUGUAGCAGCAAAGUUCCAUGAGGAACCUGGCAUCUUCAAGCUAUUGAUUAUCGAUUCAAUAAUGGCACUUUUUCGAGUGGAUUUCAGUGGCCGUGGGGAGUUGGCUGAACGGCAGCAAAAAUUGGCCCAGAUGUUAUCACGACUCCAAAAAAUCUCAGAAGAAUAUAAUGUGGCUAUUUUUGUGACCAAUCAAAUGACUGCUGAUCCAGGAGCAACUAUGACCUUUCAGGCAGAUCCCAAAAAACCUAUUGGGGGACACAUUCUAGCUCAUGCUUCAACAACAAGAAUAAGCUUGCGAAAGGGAAGAGGAGAACUCAGAAUUGCCAAGAUUUAUGACAGUCCUGAGAUGCCUGAAAAUGAAGCCACCUUCGCAAUAACUGCUGGAGGGAUUGGGGAUGCCAAGGAGUAGGUGGUGAAUUGAUGCAAAUUGCUUCUUAGUGCUUAUUAGGAGCUGAAGAAAUGGAAAACCAGUCUCCAAUUUCACAUCUUGAAACACAGGUUUUUUUUCCCCAUGUUAUUAAAAGUCAGCAAAAGAGAUUUAAAUAUUAUAUUUAUCUUAAAAGUCCCUGAUUUAUGAUAACUAUACAUUGUAUGUAAAGUCAGGGAUAUGUAUGUGUGUGUGUGUAUAUAUAUAUAUAUCUGACAUAUAUAGAUUUAUAUACCUAUUGAAAUUCUCUCACUCUGUGUAUGCAUAUAUACCUAUGGAAAACUAGUUGUUGGGAAAGGGGUACCUGAUUCCCUCCCUUUCACUUUUCAAAGUGACCCACUAAGCAGAUGGAAAGUCUAAGGGGUCAGAAAUGUCCCAUCCUCCUGAAGACUUUCCCUUCACCAUUUUUCUAGGGUGCAGUGCCACUGACUACAGAGCUGGAUGUUUUUCCACAGGAGGAUUUAAGGGAGGAAUGUUUAUAGAACACACACAAAAAAGCUCUUUCUAUUUAUAAUAUCAAACUGCAUAUUCACCUUUAUAGCAACAAAAAACAAACAUUAAAUUAAGUCAAAUU